GUCCAACUGUAAGCCCCUCCUGGACCUGGCCAUAUGUAAACCCCAAAAUUCGCCAUUGCCAGUCUUAUAAAGAUAACCGCAAGCGCCCCAGGCGAUUCCACUCUUGAUCCGUACCAAUAUCUCAACCCCUAGAAGUUGUGAAUAGCUCCCAUCCAUCCCGCUCCCGCUGUCCCUCUAAGCUCGAACAACCCCCCUGUCACUCUCCAUCUUCUGCAGCAAUAACCACUGACUGCAAGGAGAGAGCUUAUCUACGUGCCUCUUUUUUGAAAAUAAAAAUAAAAAUCUCCGAACCCCGAAUCCACACCAAUACAAUGUCGAAAUCAUUCACAGCUGCUGAGGUCGCUCAGCACAACAAGGCCGAGAACGGCAUGUAUAUCAUCAUCGACUCAGACGUCUACGACAUCACCGAUUUCCUAGACGAGCAUCCCGGCGGCUCGAAGAUUCUGAAGCGCGUUGCGGGCAAGGAUGCUUCGAAGCAGUUCUGGAAGUAUCACAACGCGGGCGUCCUGACGAAGUACGGCGGCAAGCUGAAGAUUGGCGAAGUCAAGGAGGCUGCGAAGCUAUAAAAUGGAUAUAGACACGUUAUUUUCUUUUUGCUCUCUCCCAAAAUCCUUUCCCAUCGGCCGCCUAUUAUUGACAUCAUAUGUAUAAAUCUGGAUACCGAAUUCAAUUCAAAACCUAACAUCUCUUUUCCUCGUUUCCAGCUCUGUCUUUUUCCAUGUUCGUUUUUCUCAUUGCGAAUUCUCCUACAGAUUUUUUUCUUUUUUAAGAAACAUAUACAAGCCAGCUCGAUGGCAGUGGUGGGGUUCCGGGGAUGGUUCUCUACCUGGGACUGUUUUCGUGAGCGGAAAAUUCAAAAAGAAGACGAGAAGGAUAGAAUAUGUUUAUUUGUAUUUUUAAAAAUUCUCGGGACAUCCUUUUUUGUUUCACUAGGUUACAUCUCUCCUUACCUUUCUUCGGCCUUUUACAUACGUUCAAUCUAGACCUCUUUUUAUCUAUUUGCGCUUUAUAUGGGUUCUCGUUCUCACCUGUUGUCUUUGCUUCUUAAAAAUGUCUUGAAGGUUUCAGACCAGAUUACUUUUGUGGCCGGGUCACAAACCCUAUACAAGCCCGUACGGUGGAGUUUCCGGAUGGUGGUGAUGAAAAAUGGGGAGGAGGCGGAGGUGGGAACAAUUGAAGGCGGAGAAGUAGUCAGGGGCGGGGCGGGGCGGGGCGGGAUGGGAUGUCCCUCACUGAUCUUCGUUGAUGCUG